AUGGACAUCGGCUGGGCAAUUUUAAUAAUUGGCUUUGCUGCUCUUGUAGCAGCCUUCCUCCUUCUGGUAAUUGGACUUGUGUACUCUGAGCUGAUGAAUUCAGACAUUCCUCGUGGGGUUGCAAAUAGUGGGAAACUGCACAUGGUUCAUGGCUUGUUUGUUGGCAUGGCAAUUGUGGGCCGGAUCCUGCAUCGUCUGGGCAUUUGUCACCAAGUCAGCUUUAUCCGAUGGUUCAUGGCCUGUUUCCUGACUUGCUUAAAUCCAGUUCCCGCGGAUCUGCGAGUGAAGGACCUGACGUUUUCUGAGGUGCCAGUGCGAGUCUAUGAACCCACCGCUGUUUGUGAAGGCUUGAGAAGAGCUCUGGUGUAUUUCCAUGGAGGAGGAUGGGUGCUGGGCAGUAUAGAUUCUGUUGAUGAAGUCUGUCGGCACAUCGCCAUGGAGUCUGACACCACUGUUGUUUCUGUUGGGUACCGAUUAGCCCCUGAGCACAGGUACCCUGUCCAGCUGGACGAUUGUGAGACAGCGACGUGUCACUUCCUGUCUGUUGCUGAGGCAGAGUUCAGCGUGGACUCUCGCAGAGUGGCAGUCGGAGGGGACAGCACUGGGGCUAACCUGGCAGCAGCACUGUGCCAAAGGCUGGCGAGGAGAGAGGACGGACAUCUGCCAUUCCCCUGCGCUCAGGUCCUCAUCUACCCAGCCCUGCAGAUGGCAGAUUUCAACCUGCCCUCAUACCAGCAAAAUCAUGCUGUGCCCAUAUUGUUUCGUGGCCGGAUGGCGUUCUAUUUCCUGCAGUACCUCAAUGGGGACAUGUCUGUGUGCCAAGACGUGCUGGAAGGCAACCAUGUCCCCACUGAGCUCAGGCCACGCUACGAGACGUGGCUCUCCCCGUCCAACUUGCCUCCCGAGUGCCUCGCACGGGGCUUCUGUGAGCACCCAGCCCCAGAAUAUGAUGGGGAGGUGUACCACACAAUCAAAGCUGGUUUGGAACCUGAGGUCUCACCUUUACUGGCAGAUGAUUCGGUCAUUCAGAAAACCCCGCCCGCCUUCAUUCUCACAUGUGAGUAUGAUGUCCUGAGGGACGAUGGGAUACUUUACAAGAAACGGUUGCUGGACCUGAAAAAAGAUGUCACUUGGCAACACGUGACAGAUGGUUUUCACGGCAUGAUGAACUUUUUUAACCAAGGCUGGCUCACAUUUCCCUCUGCACUACAGGCUGUGGAUAGCGUUGUUAACUAUGUGAAAACACUGUGA